AUGAUUUUAGAUGUUCCAGCUGAAAUUGAAAUUCUAAAAUAUCCAUGCCACACGCAAGCAGUGGAAAGGUGCAUCAAAUUAGUAACAGAAGCGUCAGUUGCUGUAUGUGGAAAUACAGCAGGGGAUGGAUUUAUAAGCGAACGAAUUGCUUCUAGAGCUAGUUUGUCAGUAUUCGAGACAAAAAGUAAAUAUCUUCAAGUUUUUAAUGAAAAUUAA